AUGGCUGCAGCGGCGGAAGGGCUGGAGCCCGAGGUGCCGGCUGCUGCUGCAGAAGAUGCUGCCAGAGAUGCAGAAGAGGGAGCCACGGAUGCCGCGCACCAGCCGCCCCCUCUCCUGGCUGGGAACCGCCUGAACCUGGACCUGCACCCGGGGGGCUGCCGCCAGCUGCUGCGCCUCUGUGCCCAUCCGUCCCCACAGCUGCAGCAGGUGGAGUUUCUGCGGCUGAGUGCCCACGAGGACCCUGGGCUGCUGGAGGCCACCCUGGCCCAGGUGCCGGACAGACUGCCCUGCCUCCGAUCCCUGGUGGUCAAAGGUGGGCUGCAUCGGGACACUCGGGGUGCCUGCCUCCGGGGCUGCCUGACCUCACUGCCCCCUGGCCUGAGUCACCUGGUCCGCCUGGCUCACCUGGACCUGAGCUUCAACAGCCUUGAGACGCUGCCAGCCUGUGUCCCUCGACUGCAGGGCCUGGAUGCACUCCUUCUCUCUCAUAACUACCUCUGCGAGCUGCCUCAGGCCCUGGGGGCCCUCCCUGCCCUUACCUUCCUCUCUGUGACCCACAACCGCCUGCAAGUGCUGCACCCGGCACUGGGGGCCCUAUCCACCCUGCGGUGCCUCGACCUCUCUGAGAACCUUCUGGAGGGGCUGCCCCCCGAGAUCGGAGACCUGAGCAGCCUCGUUGAGCUCAACCUGGCCUCCAACCGGCUGCAGAGCGUGCCAGCCUCCCUUGUGGGGCUGCGGGCCUUGCGUCUCCUCGUCCUCUGCAGCAACCUCCUGACCUCACUGCCUGCCGGCCUCCUGCACCUCCCGCUGCUCACCCGGCUCGACCUCAGGGGCAACCAGCUGCGGAGCGUGCCCCCCGAGUUCCUGGACGCCCCCUUUGUGCGGCUGCAGGGGAACCCCCUGGGCGAGGCCCCACCGGCUCUCCUGAACCCCCCAGGAACACCUGCCAUUCUGGAAAUGCCUAAGCUGUACUUGAGCACAGAUUUGGACAGCUUCCCGGUGACCCCCCAAGGCUGCUCUGUGACCCUGGCCUGUGGCAUCCGCCUUCAUUUUCCCGCGGGGGCCACUGCCUCCCCCAUCACCAUCCACUACCGACUGUGGCUGCCUGAGCCGAGCCUGGUGCCCCUGGGGCCUCACGACUCCCUUCUCAGCCGAGUCCUGGAGCUGCAGCCCCACGGGGUGGCCUUCCAGCAGGAUGUGGGCCUGUGGCUGCUCUUUGUGCCCCCGCGAGCCCAGCGUUGCCGUGAGGUGGUAGUCAGGACCCUGAGUGAUGACAGCUGGACUGACCUGGAAACCCGUCUGGAGGGGGAGGCCCCCAAGCGGCUCUGGGCUCACUGCCAGGUGCUCCAUUUCUCCUGGUUCCUCGUGGUUUCCCGCCCCAUGUCUGACACCUGCUUGGUGCCACCAGAGGGGACACUGCUGUACUCUUCUGGACACCCUGGAGUUAGGGUCACGUUCCCGGAGGGCGCCACCGAGGAGCCUCGCCGGGUCCGAAUGCAGGUGGUGCACAUGUCCAGCCACAAGCUGCGGGAGCUGCUGGGGGAGCCCGAGGCGGCGGUCAGCCCCCUCCUGUGCCUCUGGCAGAGCAGCGCCCCCAGCUUCCUCCGGCCCGUCACCGUGCAGCUGCCUCUGCCCCCGGGCGUCACAGGCCUGAGUCUGGACCGCUCCCGCCUACACUUGCUGUACCUGGCCCUUCCCUCGGCCACCUGGGAUGACAUCACGACUCAGGUGGCCCUGGAGCUCACACACCUGUAUGCCCGCUUCCAGGUCACACACUUUUCCUGGUACUGGCUCUGGUACACCACCAAGACCUGCGUGGGUGGUCUGGCACGUAAGGCCUGGGAACGGCUGCGGCUGCACCGUGUGAACCUCAUUGCGCUACAGAGGCGCCGGGACCCUGAGCAGGUCCUGCUGCAAUGCCUGCCCCGAAACAAGGUGGAUGCCACCGUGAAGCGGUUGCUGGAGCGGUACCGUGGGCCUGAACCCUCAGACACUGUGGAGCUGUUUGAGGGCGAGAAAUUCUUUGCUGCCUUUGAGGGUGGCAUUGACGUGGAUGCCGAGCGCCCAGACUGUGUGGCGGGCAGGAUCUGCUUUGUGUUCUACUCACACCUGAAGAACGUGAAGGAGGUGUAUGUGACCACUGCCCUGGACCGGGAGGCUCAGGCCGUGCGGGGCCAGGUGUCCUUCUACCGGGGCUCAGUGCCCACCGAGGUGCCCAAGGAGGCUGAGACCGCCCGACAGAAAAAGGGCUCGGACGCCCUGUGGAUGGCCACUCUGCCCAUCAAGCUGCCGAGACUACAUGGGUCUGUGGGGCAGAGGCCAGGGCCCGGGGCCGGCCUCUCCCUAGCGCCUCUGAAUCUGGGUGAUGCCGAGAACGGCUUCCUGACCCAGAGCAACUUGCUGAGUGUGGCCGGGCGCCUGGGUGCCGACUGGCCCACCGUGGCCCUGCACCUGGGCCUGCCCUAUCGGGAGCUGCAGCAGAUCCAAUUCAAGUUCCGGGAUGACCUGGACGGGCAGAUCCGGCAUAUGCUGUUCUCCUGGGCAGAGAGGCAGGCCCGGCAGCCUGGCGCUGUGGGGCUCCUGGUGCGGGCCCUGGAGCAGAGUGACCGGCGGGAUAUAGCUGAAGAGGUUCGGGCCAUCUUGGAGCUUGGCCGCCAGAAGUACCAAGCCGGCAUCCGGCGCACAGGUCUCGUCCCUGGAGACCCCACCCCUGGAAGCUCUGCAGCAUCAGAGUCCCCAGAGCCCACCCAGGCCUAG